AUGGUUGAGCCACUCUUCACCUCUCUCUCCUCCGACGCCGACCCCAUCGUCUUUGUCUGGUACGACGCCUUCAACCCUGAGCAUGAGGAUGGGGUCUCCUCACAGCGCAACGCCAUCCGAUUGGAGAAGGCCGCUGUUCUCUUCAACCUUGGAGCCAUCUGCAGCCAGAUUGGUGCCUCUUGCGACCGUACCACCGCCCUUGGCCGUCAUCUUGUAAUGGAAUCCUUCAAAGUUGCCGCCAAUUUCUUCUCCAACCUCCGGAAGGUUUUUGCCAAGCGUGUGGUCUCCGCCACCCUCGAUUUGACUGUCCUCUUCGCGGAGUUUCUGCACCACCUCUUCUCCGCUCAGGCUUCCGAGCUCGAACUACAGCUACAGCUCAACAAGAACGACGCCAGUUACGCUUUCCAACAACACCGAUGUGCCCUAGCAUUUUCAUCGGUUUAUAAGCUUUAUGAUAGAGCAUAUGGACUGAUACCUCCUGAUUCGGCUGCACGGAAACAUGUCUACUCUUUUGACCAAACCUGGGUAACUCAUCUUUACCAGAAGGUGACAUUCUUUCAGGCGGAGGCUCGUCAGAGGCAAUCAUCCAUCCUACCCGAAUCCGAGUGACCUGCUGUAUACUCACGGGUCACAUCUU